AUGUCGAGGCGGUACGCCGGGAGAUCCCUGCCUGGAGGCUCGAGCUUCGCUCCAGGAUCCCCUGCUGCCGGGGGGCUCACGGUCGCCCUCAAACUGCUGCACCGAUUCCUCGGGGUGACGGGCCGUGGAGCUGCCAAGUUGCCCCCUGCAAAGCAGCUGCGUGCUGCACUGAUUCCUCAGAGUGACAGGCCACGGAGCCGCCAGGUCGCCCCAUGCAAAGCAGCCAUGUGCCGCACCGAUUCCUCAUGUUACGUGGCUGCUGAUUCAGUGUUCACCGUGUCGUCCCGGCCCUUUGCUCUUGGCAAGGGCUCCCACUCCCCCAAAUGCCCCUUCCUGCUCUGCCCUGCCCUGCCCAGGCCCUCCAGUGGGCAGGAGGGCGUGGGCUAUAAAGUCGCUGCGUUCGGGGCCGGAACGUUGGCUCCGGGGCUGCGGCACCGCUGGACGCGCCGCGUUCGGGGCGCGCUGCCGGGGGACCCCGCAUCUGGCCGGCGGGAGAACGGACCCACCACCCCAGAGCGGCGGAGGUGCGGGGCCAGUGGCUGCUGCGCUGCUCGCGUUGGUUCCUUCUGCCCUGGACUGCAGGCUCCCGGGGCAGCGCCCAGCAGCGGGCCCGGCUCCCUGGCCAGGGCUCCGGAGCGCGGCCUGAUCCGGAGAGUGCAGGGGACCCCCCCCCAGCUGAGGGACCCGGCCUCGGGCGUGCACCUUGGCGUGGAAGGUGGGAUACUUUGCCAGCUACUCCGCUCUCCAGAUUACAACCUUUUCCCCAAGUCGGCAGUGUUUGAAAGUAAUUUCAUCCAGGUGACAAAGCAGGGGAACUGGGUGGAUAUCCACAACGCCCCCACGCUGGUGACCCUGGGGGUGACAUCCUCGGAGCCCUGCCUGCCCCUCCCCAACGUGCUCCUGAUCGCCAGGCUUGCAGUGCUAGGAGAAAGCCCCCCCAGGAGGGUGGACCAGCUCCAGGAGCCAUCCAUGGCCCUUAGCAGGCUUCUUCCGUUGAGGUAUGUCAGACUGUCGGUGCAGGACAGCAGCCGGCGCCUGCUGCGGGUGCAGGUGGUGACGGGGAAGGUUUAUUACCUGCGGCUGCACCAGGCACACCCUGACGCUGUGUUCAAGCUCUGGAGCCGGCUGGCGGACAUCCUGCAGCGGGGGCUCUCCAUCACCACCAAGGACCCCACCAUCCACGUCCCACACAGCCUGGUGCUCAGUGUGGGCAGCUCCUCCACCAGCUCCCCUGCACAGCUGGUGCCUGAUUCGCAGCCGCCCUCGGGAGCCAGUCGCAGCGUGGUGGCAAGGAUGGGCAAGCGAUUGUCAGGGACACUCUCCCAUCUCUCAGGAGCAGCCCUGGGGAAAACGGAGAAAGACAGCUCAGUCCAGAGAAGGCAUCCUACCCCAGACUUGAUUCAGGACAGAACAUCAAGGAGGCAUGUGACCCUGCUGGAGGCCUCAGGGCCCUACCACACCCCAUCCCAGAAAGAAGCAGUGGAAGUGAGUCCUCCAAGUGGCCUAGAGAGGCCGCGGAAGCUGGCGGUGUGUGGGCGGUGCCGGCGGGACAGGCCGAGCGACACAGGAGAGAAAGCCAGCCUGAGGACAGCCCUGCGGUGGUUAGACACUAAGUGCCACGGACUCUGGGAACGAGACACACCUGCUGGGCUGCUGCCCCUGUCCCGGCUCAGCAGCUUGGUAGCUGCAGGUCGGCACUAG